CAUCGAUGCCGAAGGGGUGCAAACGUUCGUCAGUGCGAGUGGAGAGCCUUGCUCAGAGGUGGAGCAGGGCGAGUUGCUGAAUACAUACCAUCAUCAUCAUCCCCAUCGCCAACGCAAUGUUCUCGUCAGUGGCAGUUGUCGUUGCUGCCUUCGUGGCGCUAGGCUGUGCGCAGAGCAACAGUUCGUACCCUUCUCCUCCCACAGUGCUGGGUCCUGAGGAUGUGACAGGCGGGAGCAUCGAGGGCUUCCAGCAGCCACACCUCUUCCAAGACAAUGGCACCUACGGACCCCAGGUCGAGAUUAUGCAUUACUACUACGACCAGUGGCCAAUCGGCCUGGCCGCAUUUCCCACAGGCGACAGCAAGGCCCUGUACGCUUGCUACACCCGUGGGCCGUACAAGUACACAUUGGGCAAGAUCACCAAUCUCACCGCCGAAGAGCCAUGGCCCAACCAGGAGAUCAACACGCCUCCUGGCGGUCUGCUGGACGAGAAUCUGUCUUCGCUGACCGGGUAUUCGAUGGCCACCAACUCGACCGACCACUUCAUCAGUGUGCAGGCCCUCUAUACCGAUCCCAACGGUCGCCUUUGGGUCCUCGACACGGGUCGUCCCACUGUCACGUCUGAUAAUGGUGCUUCCACGAUGGCGUAUGCCGUCGUAGGCGGCCCCAAGCUGGUGCUUAUGAACCGCGAAAACGGGACGAUUGAGCGCACCUACACUUUUCCUGGCGACGUCCAUUUUCCAGACUCAUCAAUCAAUGAUGUUCGUUUCGACCUCCGGCACAACAUCACGGCUAGCGGUCAAGGCGUCGCAUACAUUGUCGACUCGAGCAACGAAGGAAGAAAUGCCUUUAUCGUGCUUGACCUUGGCACAGGCAAGAGCUGGAGGAGAUUGGACCAACACCCGUCCAUGCUUCACACCUACAACAAUCGAGCAUCAUAUGCCGGCAUCCCUACCUACAUAACAAUCAAGGGCCAGUCAGAAUAUAGCAACAAAGAGGGUUUCGACGGUUUGGCCCUGUCGCCAGAUGGCGAAUACGCCUACUACUCGCCUCUGGUGUCGCAGUACCUCUAUCGUGUCCCGACCUCUGUUCUUCUCGCAGACAAUGGCCCAAACGGGACGGACGGUCAUGAUGCCGAACUCAAGGCCUCGUUUGCCGUCCAAAACUUGGGGCAGAAAGGCAGCCAGACGAAUGGGUUCGACAGCUCGUCUGACGGUCGCAUCUAUCUCUUGGCACCUGAGCAAAACGCCAUCUUUGCCUUUAAUCCCAACACGAGCAAGAUUGAGCCCUUCGUGAGGGACCCUCGGCUCUACUGGAUCGAUAGCGUGGUUGUUGCAGACGAUGGCUAUCUGUAUGGCAACUGUAAUCAACUCCCUCGGCAGAUGCAGUGGAACAACGGCACGGAAAAGCGCGUCAAGCCAGGCAUCAUGUUCCGCGUCAAGCUACCCGAGGGUGCCAGCCGCAUCACGACAGGCCUGGGAGGUGCUUAGAACCAGAUCUUGUUGAAUUGCAACCACGUGGACUAAAUUGAUGUUGGUUG